AUGGUAACCACUAUGGAUUAUACCGACUAUCAUGACCAUGGAGAUGGUGGGAAUGGAAACCGCUUACCAAGACCGGCGUUUUCUGGGACAUUAGGGCGAAGUCAACAAGAAGACGAGCCAGAUGUGAAGAAACAAAGGAUGAAUGAGUCAGUCCCUUAUGCACAACAAUACUAUCAGUCCCAACAACAUGUCCCACUUUAUGGAUAUCCCCAACAAUACGCUCAAUACCCAGGAUACAAUUACAAUCCGUAUCAGCAGCAGCCUUAUCAAAGCCAAUUUAUGCCCGUACAAGCGGAUAGCACGUACCAGCAAUCACAUACGCCUUCACAGCAAAACUAUUGGAACAACCAACAACGUCAACCUCUACCUAGCGAAAACUAUAGUGUUUCUGGAGCCAACUAUCAAGACGUUAAUCUGAAAAGGGAGUUGGAGGGAGGGAGGAAAACAGAAGGUGUAAAAGUUCAAGGCUCUCCGAAACCAAAGAAGAUGUCACCGGCAACAAAAUCGGAAAAAGAGAAUAUAUCUGAAACUGAUGAUUCCGAUCCAAGUGAGGCACCUAUUAUCGCAAAGUCAAAUACCAUCAAUACGGAUGUAGAUAGUGACGCCUUAUCCAGCGACGAUGAAGCUUCAAACACCCAACCAAAAAAGGCAGUGUGUAUCCAAGGUACUUCUAUCACACUAACAACUGAUGAAGAUAUUGCUAAAUGGAGAGAAGAACGGAAGAAAAUGUGGCUACUGAAGAUAUCCAAUAACCGGGAAAAGCAUAGGAAAGAUAUGGGUAUUAAGGACGACGAAGUAAAUCAAAUGAGCGUACUACGCCAAUCCAACAAGGAGAAAAAGUUUAUGCAAAAUAUUCAAAAUCAGGUCAACAGGUUUAAUCCUAACGUAAAUCUGAACAUAAAACUGGUACAGCGAGAAUUUGUUGAAGACAAUUCAAAACUACUGGACUUUAUAAAAGAAGUAGGUGAUGCAGGCUUACUAGAAUACGAAUUGACCCAAGAAGAAAAGGACAAACUGUUUAAGAAUGCAGAUGGCUCUACGAAUGAAAGAGGUUACAAUCCUCGUAAUAACAAUAAUAAUAAUAACGGUAACAAUAGACAAAAAAGAAAUUAUACAAAAAGCAGACCGGAUUCGUCGAGGUAUACGCCUAACAAGCCAAGGCAAAACUUCCAAAAGUAG